CAGCGACGCUUAAACAAGCGGAAACACACGUCAUAUGUUUCCUAUUGUUUCAUAUGUGUUUUGGUGAAUUAUUUUGACUCGUUUUUAUUAAUGAAGUCAUUUAAAUGUGAUUAAAUAGGGGAAGAUGCGGAGCCACACAGCGCCGCUACAGGUGAUAUAUACCGUGUUACAGAACGAUUAAACAUGAAGCUAGAUAAACAUGGUACUCGAUAUAGAUUCUUUCCGUUUAACAUCAUGCUACUGAUGUUUGUGGGUGUGUGUUCGUUCCCCGUUGCCAAUCACGGAGCUCGAGCUCGCAGCAUCCGCAUCAGUCAUGGCGCCAGAUCCGGUUACCGCUCCGAUCAGCUGCUAGAUUCAGCGGCUCCGAACAUCUGCUGAACCUCCAGCUCAUCAUCUGAAGCCGGUCCACUGACACGGGUGUGCAGGCGCGUUCCUCGAUCGGGAGUCGAAAGCUUUAAUGAUGGAUGUGUUCGGGUUUCUGAAUCUAAACGAGCUCGCGCUCGGGCUUUCACAGAUAUCGUUGUUCCCGUUCUUUGACAUGGCGCAUUAUAUCGUGUCAGUGAUGAGUCUGAGAGAACAGCCAGGAGCUCUGGAGGUGUCUCAGAGGAGUCCGUUGGCGUGCUGGUUCAGCUCAAUGCUGUAUUGUUUCGCUGGAGCGAUUCUCUCUGCUCUCAUGAUGGCAGACGCACCCAUCGCGCCUCUGUCCAACUCCACCAACCUUCUGCUCGCAACUCUCAUGUGGUAUCUUGUGUUUUACUGUCCUCUGGACGUUGUGUACUCGCUGGCCUCCAUCUUUCCUUUGCGUCUGGUGUUGACUGGGAUGAAGGAAGUGACACGUACAUGGAAGGUUCUGGGUGGAGUCACUCAAGCGGGGAAGAAAUAUAAAGAUGGUCUGUUUGUGAUGAUCGCAGUGGGCUGGGCCAAAGGGGCCGGCGGGGGUCUCAUCAGUAACUUUGAGCAGUUGGUUCGUGGUGUCUGGAAGCCUGAGACCAAUGAACUGCUGAAGAUGUCCUACCCAACUAAGGUCACCCUGCUGGGAGCGGUUGUGUUUUCUCUUCAGCAGUGUCAAUACCUCCCGAUUCAAACACAUCACCUCAUCUUCAUCUACACACUCUUCACUGUCACUAACAAGAUGCGGAUGAUGCUGUUGGGUUCCUCUUCUUAUCCGUUCUCUACAUUAGAGUCUGUCCUCUACAAGACUCUGUUUGUUCGACCUUUGAACUUUUCUGCCCUGAGGGACCUGACCCAAAGCUGUGCUUCCCAGAACGCUUCCGAUGGCUCGACGUCCACUCGCCCGCACGCCCAAAACACGGACCAAAGUGAAUCAAAAGAGUCCGCCAAUGGCAAAAAGACCAACUGAGUGCCAGCCAAUAGAAAGCCGCUUCUCCUCACGAGGACCUUUUUCAAACACUUCCUGCUGAUGAUCUUUUAUCUCUUUUUUAUCUUUGUAUCUGGCUCUGAUCUGAUGUGUACAUAUUUCUUAUUCUGAGAUGAUUCUAUUCUUUUCUAAUCUGUAGCUGGGAUGAUAAUAUAUAUUUGUAUUAUUUAUAGUGCAUUUCUGAAUGCAAUCACUGUGUGGAAUGCUGAACACGUUUUACUGUGACAUUCUUGAAUAUAAUUCACUUGACAUCA